AUGGCGCUGCCGGGCGUGGUCAGCAUGGCCCAGGCGCCAGACGGCAUGCUCUGGUGCCUGCCGCAGCUGGACUGCCUGCUCUCGCUGCAGGCCGCCAUGGGCUCUGCAGUGCGCGCCUUCCACCGCGCCCUGCUGGCUUCCUACGCGCGCGAGGGCGUCACGCUGGCCUCCCUCCCUCGCCACGACCCCUACCUCUGGCUGAACGUGGGGCACCACCUGAUGGGGGCUGGGUACGACGCCGAGCUGCGCGGCAUCCUGCUGGACCCCGCCUGGCUGGAGGGCAAGCUGGAGGCGGCGGGGCACACCGCACUGGUGGCCGACUUCCGGCGCUACCAGCAGGCCCAUGCCGACCCCGGGGUCAAGCUGGUGCUGGAGGCGCUGCAGAUGUCGCUGGGCCUGGUGCAAGCCCACCCCGAGGCCGCCGGCCUGCUGCGCUGCCAGCUGGCGGGGCGGCUGAUGGUGGCGGCGGGGCCGGGGGGCGUGCUGGAGGACUGGCGAGCGGCGCAGGAGGCAGCGUUGGCGCAGGUUCCCGCGAGUCCCGUGGAGGGCGGCGGCGUGCGCUGCCUGCGCACGCUGACCCCCUCCCUGGACCAGGCGGGGGGCCUGCAGCGACUGACGCUGCGGGGCCACACCAAGGCCGUGACGCAGCUCAAGCUCACCCCCACCCGCGACGACAUUGUGUCAGGUUCGGCAGACGGGCUGGUCCAUGUCUGGGACCAGGAGAUCGGGGACUGCGUGCUGAGCAUGCAGGGCCACAUCGGGCCCAUCACCUCCAUGUGCCUCUCCGCCGACGGCAGCCUGCUGGUUUCGGGGUCGGCUGACGGCACAGCCCGAGCCUACGAGAUGGAGCGCGGGCAGUGCCUCCGCGUCCUGGCAAUCGAGGCCGGCGCCCACAUCAAUGCGGUGGAGAUGGAUGUGAGCGGCAGGACGGUGUUCACCGCCGCCAGCGAUGGCUGUGUGUACGCCUGGGACCUGUCGGCCGCCGCCGUCGUGCGCACCUACCGCGCCUGCCGCGAGGAUCGGAGCGAGGGCGUGCUCUGCCUGGCCCUGGUCCCCUCCUUGAGCGGCGCGGGGCGCCUGGUCACGGGCGCCGCCGACAACAGCGCGCGCGUUUUUGACGCCGGCAGCGGGCAGACCCUGGCGGCGCACUCUCGGCACACCAGCUGGGUGGUGGCCGUGGCCGUCCUCCCUGACCAGGACCUGGCCGUCUCCGCCUCCAACGACACGACUGCCAGGAUCUGGAGGCUGAGCAGCGGGGAUACGGUACACGUGCUGGCGGGGCACACGGGGCGUAUCAACGCGCUCCGCCUGGCGGAGGGCGGCGGCCGCGUGCUCACCGCGUCCGAGGAUGGCACCGCUGCGGCGUGGGACGUGGCCUCCGGCGCGCGCCUGGCGGUGUACGGCGGGCAUUCGGCCUGGGUGGGCGACGUGGCGCCCGGCGGACGAGCGGGCCUGGUUGCCACCGCCUCGGGCGACGGCACGGCGGUGGUGCACUCGGCGGCCGGCAGCGUGCUGCGCACGCUGCGCGGCCACUCCGGCGCGGUGCAUGCCGCGGCGCUGACGCGGUGCGGGCGCUGCGUGGUCACCGCCAGCGAGGACGGCAGCGUGCGCGUGUGGGACCUGGCCGCGGCCGACGAGCCGCGCGCGCACGCGCAUGCGACGCGCGUCUGGGACGCGCGGACGGGCGGCGCAGGGGCUGCGCUGCCGAGCUGGCAUGCCGCACCGGUGCGUUGGGCGGCCUUCGUGCGCGCCGGCGCGGCGCUGGUCACCGCCUCGCCCGACCGCGGCGUGGGCGUCUGGGACGCGGCCACCGGCGCGCGCCUGGGCGGGCUGGAGCCGGGCCAGGGCAGCCGCCUCAAGUCCUUUGCUGUGGAUGCCGAGGCGCGGCGCGCGGUGACCUGCCUAUGGGACAGCACCGUCGUGGUGUGGGACCUGGAGCGCGCCCAACCCCUGCACACCCUGCAGCGCUGGGGAGGCCCCAGCCAGGACCUGCAGGGACACACCGCAGCCGUGAACGAGGUGCUGAUAACCCCCGACGGCGCACGCGCGCUAAGUCUGAGCAAGGACGGCACCGCGCGCGUGUGGGACACCUCUUCCGGCGCCUGCCUGCGCGUGCUGACGGGGCAUGCCGACAGCCUGAAGGGCGGCGUGCUGGCCUGCCCGCCCUCGGGGCCUGCCCCCGGCGCCGGGCAGGCCACGCUCCUGCUCACGCACGGCCUGGACUGCUCGCUGCGCCUGUGGGACGUGGACUCCGGCGCGCUGCUGCGCCUCUGGCAGCCGGAGCGCGAGGUGGUGGCCCUCGCCCAGCCCCGCCGCGGCGUGCUGGCCGCAGCGCUGGAGGGCGGCGGCGUGUGGACGGCGGCGGCGGCCCCUGCCGGGCCCAGCGCCUGGGAGCGGCGCUGGGACGCGUGUGGCGAGGUGGGCGACCUGGCGCUGUCGGGCGACGGCACCAAGCUGGCCGCGGCGGGGCCAAACGGCGUGCUGCGCCUCUGGGACGUGCGGAGCGCGACCCUGGCGGGCAUCUUCGUCGGCGACGCGGGGCUCACCUGCUGCCAGUUUGAUAGCGAGACGGGGGUUGUGCUCGUGGGCUCCGACCACGGCGCCGUGCACUUCCUGGCUGGCGCCUGA